UAGAAGUUUUAUCAAAAAUUAACACUGAUAAAUAAUGAGAACGAUGCGAUCAUCGCAAAACUGAGCUGGAUAUAAAAAUAAAUGAACCCAAAGCAAAAAUAAAUGAACCAUCCAGUGAUAUUAAUGAAUGCUCGAGCGAGCGUGGACAGAAAAUGUACUGUUUCGGAUGAUGCCUUGUGAAUAGUUAAUGUGGACGGAAUGAGGAGCGAGAGAUCCUGUUUUUGGUCCAUGCUGCAGGCUCUGGCUUUGCUGCCUACCAUGGCAUUGAAAGAUUCUCAACCGACAACAAAGAAAAUCUCCCCAGAAGAACCAGCGUUUGAACGACCGAUCGGCAACCAUACAUUCUUCUUGGGCAGGGAAGCAGUUCUCGGUUGCGCAGUUACAAAUCUCGGAAAACACAAAGUGGGAUGGCUUCGAGCCGAAGACCAGACGGUCCUCACGAUGCACGAACGAGCAGUCCUCGGCUCCAGAUACGCCGUCAGCCUAGAUGCACCAAUGACGUGGCAGCUACGUAUACGGCCACUUCGGGCCGAAGACCGGGGGUGCUACAUGUGCCAGAUCAACACCCAGCCGACUAUGACGUGGCAAAUUGGCUGCAUCGAUGUAUUUGUACCACCGGACAUAGUCAGUGACGACACCUCGAGUGACGUCUCAGUCCAAGAGUUGGAGAAUGCAACCCUCACAUGCAAAGCGACAGGUCAUCCGCCUCCCAAGAUUACCUGGAGGAGGGAAGACCACGAACCUAUAUUAUUGAAGAAGCCGUCUUCAAGGGAUUUCGAUAAAGUGGAAAGCUACGUGGGCAGUUCAAUGCCGCUAUGGCGGGUGGACAGGCGACAGAUGGGCGCAUUCCUCUGUAUUGCCUCCAACGACGUGCCACCAGCAGUAAGCAAGAGGAUCACAUUGAAUGUUAAUUUCGCACCAACAGUGAAAGUGCCAAAUCAGCUGCUGGGUGCUCCGCUGGGCACGGACGUCAAGCUCAAGUGCUACGUGGAGGCCUAUCCCAACACUAUAAACUACUGGAUUAAGAACCGGGGGGAGAUGCUGUUAGAUGGACCAAAGUACACAAUACGUGAAGAGAAGUCAUCGUACAAGGUGUCCAUGUGGCUGACUAUCCGACAGUUCGCCAAAAGUGACAUCGGGACUUACAACUGCGUCAGCACCAACUCCCUGGGCAAAAGCGAAGGGACCUUGAGGUUAUAUGAAAUAAAGCUCAAUUCGUACUCGGAGGAUUUCAGCAAUCAAAUAAGCGUCGCCGGAGGUCUCACGGAAGCUGCGAAAGGAAACUCGGAAAGCAAAUUGCGUUCACAAAGGACUCUUAUUUCAAUAUUAAUAUGUAUCUAUAUAUUCAUGUUAACGUAG